CAGCUUCUCCAACAACAACAACAGCUGCUCCAACAACAACAACAGCUGCAACAACAACAGCUGCUCCAACAACGACAACAGUUGUACCACCCACAACAACAACUGCUCCAACCACAACAACAGCUGCUCCAACAACGACAACAGCUGCACCAACCACAACAACAACUGCUCCAACCACAACAACCGUGGCACCAACCACAACAACAGCUGCUCCAACAACGACAACAGCUUCUCCAACAACAACAACAGCUGCUCCAACAACAACAACAGCUGCUCCAACUACGACAACAGCUGCACCAACCACAACCACAACUGCUCCAACCACAACAACCGUGGCACCAACCACAACAACAGCUGCUCCAACAACGACAACAGUUGCACCAACCACAACAACAGCUGCUCCAACAACGACAACAGUUGCACCAACCACAACAACAACUGCUCCAACCACAACAACAGCUUCUCCAACAACAACAACAGCUGCACCAACCACAACAACUGUUGUUCCAACUACAACCACUGUGGCACCAACAACAACAACAGCUGCUGCUGCUCCAACAACGACAACAGCUGAACCAACAACAACAA